AAAAAAGAAAUCAAGUCAAUCAGCAUGCUGAUGGUGCUGGGCAUGGUGGCGUGCGUUUCUUCUUUCGGUUUUGAUAAGCUCCUAUCGCAGCCGCCUGGCUCUGAUUGGGCAGCAGCGGAGAAAGAAGGAAGUAAGAAGCGUCGAGUUAUUUUCCUGCGCUUUAAACCGUAGAAAAAGCGAAACACGAGACAAUCCUGGAAGCUCUGGCAGGUUUAUGCAGAUAUAAACACUGUGAGGCGAGCGGCAGGGAGAGACCGAAAAGUUUGACUGUUGCAAUGGAUUAAAGUGAAAGGGCACACUUUCUUUCUUCCUGCUCGGCUCGACUCCAGGAAAACCUACAGAUUUUAUUCCGACUUUUUAAUGAAGAUUAAACCAUGAGCCGCGAGCGAGCAGGCAUGGAUCAUGCAAGAGCGCCAGUCACACAGGAAAGAAAGAUUGACAAGAGGCUGAAUGAGAGCACUGCUUCUCCUGCUGAUAAUAAAAAGAGACCAAUCAGAAGAGUGAAAAGUCCAUCUGCACCAAGAGCAUGGCUGUCCAGGUCUUACAAACCUAAGUUUGGAGGACAUGUCUACAGACCUCGUUUUAUGGGAGACAGCCAUUCCUUCCACAAAGCUGGCUUCAGCAGUCAGGGCCAGCGCUACCUGAAGCCCCGGGCCUAUAUCCAUCGCAAGGAUUAUCCUUCACCUAAAUCUCGGCAGCUCAUGCUGAAAGAGAAGGAGAAGCAGAGGGAGAAAGCAAGGCUGAAAGAGGAGAGUGAAAAGGAGCGUCACGACCAGAGAGAGAGCACUGAUGGACGUUCCCCUACAAAACAAAGCAAUUCUUCUAGGCCUGUCUUACCGAAGUCCACUUCCAGCAGAGACAAGGACAUGCAUUUCACUGUUUUUCAAAACGAGAGGAACCAAAGCAGAGAGAGAGAUCACAGAGCGACCAAAAGCAAAGACAGAGAGCGAAGCAGAGAUGGGGAGCUCCCUUUAACAGCGAGCCAGACGGCAGCACGAGACAGAGCUAUCCAACAGAAGAGGAGAGAGAUAGAUGAGGUGUACUACCAGGAGUGUGAAAUGUUUGGCCUUGUAGCAAAGAUGCUAAUUGAAAAGGAUCCAUCCCUGGAGCGUCCCAUCCAGUCGUCACUGCAGGAGAACCUCCGGGAUAUUGGCAAGCGCUGUGUGGAAGCCAUGGAGAGAUUUAUUGAGGACUAUGACUCUAGGGAACUUUUGCACUAAUCACACACAUGCCUUUAUGUCUUUAGCAACAGUGGUUUGGUUUCCUUUGACUGAUUAAAGCCUGUUGUGUUUUCUUGUUUCUAACCUUCUCAAAGGUUCUUAAAUGCUGCUUGACAACAUUUUUAACUGUUUCUAGUCUAUUACUUUUGAAUGAUGAAAAUGUUAAGCUGGAGAUCAUGUAAUUGUAAAAAACAAACAAACCCCAAAACACUGGUCAUUUUGAAAUAAAAUAAAAAUGGAAGACUGUGUAUUAAUGUCAUAUAUAAUGUAUUCCAACUUGGCAGUUUUUAAAAUAUUGUUUUAUAUUUCCUUUGUUGCAUAUAAACCUUUGGUGAGACUGUAUAUAUUUUUAGAAACCUUUGCAGGUCAUGGUGAAAUGUAAAUGGGUCAGUUGGUGACUAGGAUACAUGCACUUAAAGGAGUGCUGCUCUCUUUUCAUAUUUGAGCAAAGAACAUCACCCUUUGAUGUUGAUUUGAUCUAAAAUAAAUGUCAGCUGAUGGCAGGAGAUGGCAUCACAUUAUCAUAUGACUGGCUUCAUAGUAAAAUGCCAUACAAAACAUAAACAUAAAGGUGGAAAAGAGGGAAUAACUGCUGAAUUGGUGGUUGGAAAACCUGUUUGGUCCACUAGCAAAUGAAAAAAAAAACACCUCACCUUUAGUCUUCUAUAAGUAUCUUGUAAAAAUUUAUGUCUUCUUCCAUUAUCUAACUUAUGGAAACUCAAGAACAACAGCUUCUAGAGAUGAUUAUACAAAAAACAACACAGGAACAACACUGAACAUCAUCUUCAUAAGACAGUGGUACAACAACAGAGUGUUUUCAGUCAGAAGUUUCUACCCUACAGCCUUUAACUCAAAGAUUUACAACAAAAAAUAAUUCCCCUUUGGAAUCAAUAAAGUACAUUUAAUAAAAUUUUGAUUUAAGUACUAAUCUUGUUGAAACUGGCUUAACAUUUUGGCCAUCUGUUUAAAAUUGAUGUGUGUUUAUAUAUGAAGAACUGCACACUACUUGGAUGUAAAAUAAUUGCCGUCAUGGCUUUGUUAAGCUGCUCCCUACCUUUGUGAAGCAGGAAAAAAACUAAUACAAACUAGUGAAUCCAGCAGAACGCUUUAUUGCCUACCUGGAAUGGGUGACAAUAGUUGAAUAAACUUUUGGUUCUCAAAAUGG